CUCUCGCAGCUACUUUUUGUUCGACAUACGCGAAUCACCUCCAAAUCCCAACUUCUUUUCUCUCAUUCUUUUUGCUUUACAUUUCGUGCCAUGGAGGCGCCGCAGACGCCGCAGGACGCGCUCCAUAUGAGUGCGCUCGCGUCUCAGAAUGCCGCUGCGACGAGGAAUCUUUACUCUCGGCUGGAAUUGUCCAACGGCAAGCGCCAGAAGCUCGAAGGCGUGUUUGAAGACGCCGUUAUGAAGCGUCGAUUCGAGGCCGAAUACGCGGCUGUACAGACUCUUCCCGAGGCGCUCGCGGCGAAGCAACCAUCGAAACAACCCCUGCGGAAGACAGCGGCCAAGGCUGGAGGGCCGGCGCGAAAAGCACCCAAACUUCUCGAGGCUGGACCUGGAGCAUCAUCGGCAGCGUCCAAGGCAAACGGAGACGAGGCGACCAUCUCGACAACGACGGUACCGCAGAGCAUGAGCUUGACAGUCAGAGGAUCACCGGCUAUCCAGCAAGUCAAGCCCGAAUGGCAUCCCCCGUGGAAGCUGAUGAGGGUCAUCUCAGGCCACCUGGGGUGGGUGCGCAGCUUGGCAGUCGAGCCGGGGAACAAGUGGUUUGCUAGCGGUGCUGGCGACAGGACGAUCAAGAUCUGGGAUCUCGCGACGGGAUCGCUGCGAUUGACAUUGACGGGACACAUCAGCACCGUGCGUGGCCUGGCUGUGUCUCCAAGACACCCAUAUCUUUUCUCCUGCGGCGAGGACAAGAUGGUCAAGUGCUGGGAUCUGGAGACGAACAAGGUUAUCCGCCACUACCAUGGCCACCUCAGCGGCGUCUACACAUUGGCCCUCCAUCCGACGCUGGAUGUUCUGGUGACGGGUGGUCGAGAUGGCGUUGCCCGAGUCUGGGACAUGCGAACGCGCAGCAACAUCCAUGUUUUGUCGGGCCAUACUGGUACUGUGACAGAUGUCAAAUGCCAAGAGGCAGAUCCUCAGGUGAUUUCAGCAUCAUUGGACUCUACUGUCAGGCUUUGGGAUCUGGCGGCCGGAAAGACCAUGGGCGUUCUCACCCACCACAAGAAGGGCGUCCGCGCCUUGGCUGUCCACCCUACUGAAUUUACCUUUGCAUCGGGUAGCAGCGGCAGCAUCAAGCAGUGGAAAUGCCCGGAAGGCGCUUUCAUGCAGAACUUUGAGGGCCACAAUGCCAUCAUCAACACUAUGAGUGUAAAUAGCAACAAUGUUUUCUUCUCAGGUGGUGAUAAUGGCUCAAUGAGCUUCUGGGACUGGAAAUCAGGCCAUCGAUUCCAAUCUUUUGAGACAACAGCACAGCCGGGCUCAUUAGACGCCGAGUCAGGCAUCAUGAGCUCGACGUUUGACCGCUCUGGACUGCGUCUCAUCACGGGCGAGGCUGACAAAACUAUCAAAAUAUGGAAACCAGAUGAGAAGGCGUCAGAGGAGACGCAUCCGAUACAAUGGACGCCAACAUUGGCGCAGAGGAAAUUUUAGCCAGGAGUUUAUGGAAAUGAUAAUUGGUUUUGUUGCUUAAUUCUCGAUUUUGAAGUAUAUAUAUCAAGCGGCAACGGAAGAAUAAUAGAUCUUGCACCGCAAAUCACAGGCGGGUGGAUGGAUGCAUGUUUUAUAUGGCAUUUUUUAUGCAUUUCUGAAUCUCUUGGAGUGGGAAUGGCUGGGCAAGACGACACAUGUACUAAUUAUUUUGGGGUAAUAUUGGUAAAACAAAUGCGUCGACGUUGCCAAUGUAAACAUUAAAGGUGCAUUAU